AUGAUUGACGAGGAGAAGAGCGAGGUGCCGGUUGUGGGAGUUCUGCUCGAUUCAUCUAGCGAAGAGAUUCCCGCGCGCUCGCAACCCCCGUCUAAGGCAGGCUUUUUGGAAAAGUUGCGAGGUUAUGAAGAUGCUCUUGAUCGAAAGCUCGGAGUCGAAGGACAUAGCAUCCAGCGCAGAUUGCCAAAUGAGAGGAACCCAUUUUAUGCCGGAUGGUCGGGUCAAUUGUCUAUGUUUGGUUUUUGGGUUGGUGGCUGUAUGAACCUCGGCUCCUUCGCAACAGGCUUCUUAGGCUGGCAGCUAGGCCUGGAUCUGCGACAAAGUAUCUUAAUCAUCAUCUUCGGUUCGAUCGCUGGCGCCACAGUGACUGGCUGGUGCGCAACGAUGGGAGCACCGACGGGUCUACGCCAAGUCUCGAUUUGCCGAUACUCACUCGGUUGGUACCCGGCCAAGGCGAUAGCCUUGCUCAACGUAGUCCAGGAGAUAGGAUGGUGCGCCUCCGGUUCGAUCACAGGAGGACAAGCGCUUUCAGCCUUCUCGGACGGCAAGGUAGGGACUGCUGUCGGUGUUGUAAUAUGCAGUGUAGCGAGCUUGAUAUUCUCCUUCUUCGGCUUGACAGCAUGCUACCGAUUCAUGAAGUACACCUGGUUCAUAUUCAUGACCAUUUUCUUGGUCAUACUUGGAGAAACCGUCAGAUUCGGUGACCUCGCUACUCCACCUUCUGCUACUGGUCCUACGGGUUCUGGAGCAGCGCUAUCGUUCUUUUGCGUUAUAUAUGGUUGCAGUGCUUGCUGUGCUGGCUAUGUUUCCGACUUUUAUGUCGAAUAUCCAGCAACUAUCCCAAAGAUAAACGUAUUCCUCAUCACUUUCCUAGGCCUCCUCAUCCCUACUGGACUUUGUGCCACCAUAGGAGCCAUAACCGCCUCAGCCUUACCGCAUAACGAAGUCUGGAACGAACAAUACGAUAGGGGGAUUGGGUUCCUGAUCCAAGCCAUGGUCUACCCCAGAGGGCUAGCAAAAUUGAUGCUGUUUCUGCUGAUGUUUACGGCUAUCGGUUUGAAUUGCGCGUCAAUGUACAGCGCAAGCCUUUCGAUUCAACUGUCUUCUCGAAAGCUAGCAGUUGUGCCAAGGUUCGUUUGGACAUUGGUCUGCUUUGCUGCAGUCGUUGCUUUGAGCUUGGCUGGCAGUGAUCGGCUUCUGGUGUUUCUCCAAGACUUCCUCAGUUUAUUGGGUUACUAUGCAACCGCCGUUUUCGUCUGUCUGGUCACAGAACAUUACGCGUUCCGCGGUGGCUCAUUCGACAAUUACGCCUUGGGCGUUUGGAAUAAACCUGAGAUGUUACCGGUCGGGUGGGCUGGCGGAUCUGCUUUGGUCUGCGGGAUAGUUGGAGCUAUUCUUGGAAUGGCGACAACCUGGUAUACCGGCGUUGUUGCCAAGCUAAUCGGCGACUCGGGUGGUGAUAUCGGGAACGAGCUCAGUCUCUUCUUCACCCUUGUUGUCUUUGUACCGGCUCGAAUCGCAGAGAGGAAGCUUUUGGGAAGAUGA